GCCGCAUGUAGCUACCGUCCAGCAUUCUCUGCUUCUUCCAUACUCAAGUUGUGAAAACAGCAUAGGAACAGGUGUGUGGGUCAAAUUACCCUUAAAAAACCAACUCUGCAAACUCUUUACUUUUUUUAGUUUGCCUUUGUUCUUUGGGGUGUUUCAUUUUCACAUCCCUGAAAAUUUCAAGACGAAAGAACACAAGACGUUUCUUGCAAGAAGAAAGAGGAUCGAUUUCUCUGCUUUGAUUAUAGCAUUAUUGUUUUAAGAAAGAAAAAAGGGGAGGAUUGCAGUUUCAUUGAUCUAUAGAGAGGAAAGAUAAAGAUUUUUUUAUGUGAAAUAUAUUUUCAUGUCAACGGGAUGCUUCUUGUCGAUGUGGUGAGGACCGGCCGAGAAUUUAAGCGAUUCACACUACGUUUAAUCUAGUGCAGAGCAGGCGAUAAUUUAUGUGCCAAAAGGAACUAAAAUGGCAAGCGAACAGAUGAGCACCACUCCUGCUCAUGCCAAGCGUGAGAAGGGAGCGGCAGCCAGCUCGUCGUCGUCUCCGUCGUCGGAGGAGGAGAUCGACGAGGACGAUUUCUUCCACAUCGAAGGGCCAAUUCUCAGCACCCAGUACUCCCUGUCCGUCCCCCCAGCCGCUGCGGACGAAGAUGGCGGCGGCGCAGCGCGAUCCGCCGAACGCCCCGACCCCAAGAGGAUCCCGUCCUCCGUCUUCGCGAGAUCCAAGUCGACGACGCCGACCGACUGGAGCGUCACCUCCAACGAGUCCCUCUUCAGCAUCAACGUCGGCAACGCGAGCUUCUCCAAGGACCACUUGUUCCUGUACGGGAAGACGGGAGAGCUGGGUAACCUGAACGACCCGCUGCCGCCAUUGCCGAAGCUGAGCCCGAGCUCCAGCCCCAUGAAGGGUGGUGAGGUGGCCGCGGCGGCAGAGAAGGCUAGCACUUCCAGGGAGAAGGCCGGUGGCCGUGGACUCGCGGACCGGAACGGGGAGGACAGCGCGGACUAUGUUCACAGCUCGUCGCACCGCUCUGACGAAAGCACGACAAGUUUCGCGUUUCCAAUAUUAACAGGGUCAGCGAAAACCAGCGGGUCCUUGAAAGAUAGCCAUCCGGAGUUAGCCCGACAAAGCACGGCACAACUAACGCAUCCAGCAGACACGCGCAGUGAGAAUGACAAUAAAGAGACAGCAGUAGUUGUAAUGGAAGCACCAAAAGUUGAACAAGCCCCAGCCCCAGCAGUAGCAGCAGCAGCAGCAUCACCACCACCACCACAACCACCAGCCACAACAAAAUGGUUUCCAUGCUGUUCAUGCUGUCCAUUCUGUUGCUAACUAUAUGCUAUAUAUUUGCCAAUAUACACCAUCCAACUAGUGGAAAACUUUGAGCAUUUAACACAGUAGCACAUUUUACAGACGGUCAUAUUAGUACAAGGAUGAACACUCAUCAGCCUCAAGGAAAAUCAGAAACCAAUUAUUUGCUCUGAGCAAUGUAGAUUAUGCUAGAUAUGUACAGUACCACUAUUUCUUUCUCAGUUUUUUUAUUGGCAGAUGUAAACAGAGUAAACUCUUGAGAUUUGUUAGUUCUCUAGACGAAUUUAAGUUUAUUAUUUUACUUGUACAUUUCAUAUGAUGUUGAAAACUUAACUAAAUAAAUCUGAA